GUUAUCUCGUUAUCAAGCCUACAUAGACAUAUCAUUCGUUGUAUAGUGUUCCUUUACUGCCAUCGAAACUGUGUCAAACACCACUUUGUCGAAGAGAUAUUAGUUGUUUAUCUUCUUGGGUGUCAUUUACAAUCUAGGAUAUCACACAUAAUUCUAUUACAAGGAUGCAUAAGUUAUAUUAAAAAGGAAUGAAAGUAUCUUUGCCGUUGAUGUUUUUGAAGCACCGCAGUAAAUAUGCCGCGGACUUGCUUUUCCGGGAAGCGGGGCCAGGGGAUAAACAGGCGGUGCUAUCACUGCGCCAGAACGUUUAUAGAGGACUCGACUACCUACCGGAUUACUACGACUACUUCAUCGCUGACCGGAACCGGAAAUGCAUUAUUGGAGAAAUGAAAAACAAACCGGUCGUAUUUGGCGUUAUGUACGCAAUAGACGGGGGUCGGAGCAUGAUUGGGCAAGCUGGGCGAGUCCAUGAACGCUUUGAAAGACAAGGACUGUUUAGCGCGAUGAAUCAGUUUUUGAACGCCUAUGCUCGGUCUCUCGGCUGUAGAGCACGAGUGGCGAUGGUUGAAACGACCCUCAACAUGUAUACACGCUCGGAAAAAUUCAAGCAAACGCACACCGAAAUUACAUCAAAGUUACAUUAUGCUGGUGUCAUCACCCAUACAGUGCGAGACAGUCUACAACACAUUGUGUCAUCGUGCGAUGUUUCCGCCGAUAUUCGAACAGCCUCCCCCGCGGAAAUCCAGCAUUUAAUGGAGGCAGAGCAUCGUCGAGAAUAUUUGUUCCCAAAUAAUUCCAUGCUGCUCGACUACAUUCCAUAUCAGAGCAUUCCAGAAAAUAUUCCUCUGCUCUUCAAUCGAAACGUACAAAUUUUCUCAAACGUUUGCUGCGAAGAAAGUAGUCCGCAUGGUCUACUCACCGCCGGAAGUAAUUUCCUAUGUAGUCAUCCGCCAGAAUCCUAUACAAUUGACGUGUUUGGGACUGAUUCUACGCAACUUGAAAAUCAUAUUCUGUUUCAUUUGCACAGAGCUCUUCAAACCACGCACGGAGAGUUUUGUUUGCAAAUAUUUGUAGAAAAGGGUUACAUGGCACAAGAACUGUGUAACAUUCUCGUCAAACUGGACAUCCCAAAAUGCAACUGGUACGUGGAAGGCGGAGUUGCGGUGAAAUCAAUUGUUGAAGAAAGACUGUAAACGUUGUGUUUUCAAUGUCUCAUUAAAAAUCGUAUUAUGAUAAGAAUGAAAACUCUCCUUGUCAUCAUGACAACUUAAACAUCGUAAUACUGAAGUAACAAAAUAUAUUUGAAGUUUAAAACCAAAGUGUGAUAACAUGUCUUGAUGCCAUUGCAAUUAAAUUUCAAGUGUGGG